AUGGCCGCGGGAGCCGGGACGGCGGGCCCCGCUUCCGGCCCGGGCGUCGUGCGUGACCCGGCGGCGUCACAGCCGAGGAAGCGGCCGGGCCGGGAGGGCGGGGAGGGCGCGCGGCGAGCGGACGCGAUGGCGGGAGGAGGCGGGAGCGGCGACAGCAGCGGGCGGUCGGCCGGCCGGCGGGCGUCCCGCAGCGGCGGGCGGGCUCGGCGGGGGCGCCGUGAGCCGGGGCUGGGUGGCGCCGCGGAGCGGGGCGCGGGGGAAGCGCGGCUGGAAGAGGCGGUCAACCGCUGGGUGCUCAAGUUCUACUUCCACGAGGCGCUGCGGGCCUUUCGGGGCAGCCGGUACGGGGACUUCAGGCAGAUCCGGGACAUCAUGCAGGCUUUGCUUGUCAGGCCCUUGGGGAAGGAGCACACCGUGUCCCGGCUGCUGCGGGUUAUGCAGUGUCUGUCGCGCAUUGAAGAAGGGGAAAAUUUAGACUGUUCCUUUGAUAUGGAGGCUGAGCUCACGCCACUGGAAUCAGCUAUCAAUGUGCUGGAGAUGAUUAAAACGGAAUUUACACUGACAGAGGCAGUGGUCGAAUCCAGUAGAAAACUGGUCAAGGAGGCUGCUGUCAUUAUUUGUAUCAAAAACAAAGAAUUUGAAAAGGCUUCCAAAAUUUUGAAAAAACAUAUGUCCAAGGACCCUACGACUCAGAAGCUGAGGAAUGAUCUCUUGAACAUUAUCCGUGAAAAGAACUUGGCACAUCCUGUUAUCCAGAACUUUUCCUAUGAGACCUUCCAACAGAAGAUGCUGCGCUUCCUGGAGAGUCACCUGGAUGAUGCAGAACCCUACCUCCUCACGAUGGCUAAGAAGGCUUUGAAAUCUGAAUCUGCUGCCUCAGCUACAGCGAAGGAAGAGAAACAGCCAGCCCCAGAGCCUGUGGAAAAGCCAAUCAGAGAACCUGCAAGGCAGUUAAGAAAUACUCCAACCACCAUUGGAAUUAUGACUCUGAAAGCAGCUUUCAAGACUCUGUCCAGUGCACAGGAUUCUGAGGCAGCCUUCUCAAAACUGGACCAGAAAGACCUGGUACUGCCUAAUCAAGUAUCCCCACCAUCACCAGCCCUCAAAAACAAGAGACCGAGAAAAGAUGAAAAUGAAAAUUCAGCCUCUGCUGAGGGUGGCUCUGAACUGCAACCCAAGACCAAGCGCAUGACAAUAAGCAGAUUGGUUUUGGAGGAGGACAGCCAGAGUACUGAGCCGAGCACAGGCCUCGACUCCUCCCAGGACGUCGUUCCACCAUCACCAUCCAAGCCCACUGUUCCCAACCAACCCCUCCCUGGGGAGAAGAAUCCCAAAGUACCCAAAGGCAAGUGGAACAGCUCUAAUGGGGUUGAAGAAAAGGAGUCUUGGGUGGAAGAGGAAGAACUGUUUCCAGUUCAGGCAGCACCAGAUGAAGACAGUGCAACCAGUAUAACAAAAAAGCAGAAAUGGACUGUAGAAGAGAGUGAGUGGGUCAAGGCUGGCGUGCAGAAAUACGGGGAAGGAAACUGGGCUGCCAUUUCUAAAAAUUACCCAUUUGUUAACCGAACAGCUGUGAUGAUAAAGGAUCGCUGGCGGACCAUGAAAAGACUUGGCAUGAACUGAAACAGGCUUUCAUUCCACAGAAUUCAUAGGAGCAUGGUUCCUAAUAAUAGCCCCUGGUAGUCUGUUUCUUUCAGAAGCUGGGCUGGGAUGAGAAUUUUGGGCAUCCUCCUUCGACAUGAGGGGCGGUCCCAGUUUCACUUUACCGCUCUCGGAGCUAAGAAACAAAGCCAAGUCCCCCCCCAUGUCCUUGGCAGAGAUGACAGGCACAUAGCUUGUACAGUGCCAGAAUAUCAUUAGUAUUUCCCUUCUUUAGUGGUUUGCUUGAAUUUAAAUUCCUGGUAAUUAGUAGAACCUCUCCUAGGAAAUGGUGGAGUCUGUUAGGAGCCACUUUUGACUUCACAACCUGUUAAAACCAGCAACAUGAGCAUUAUUUGGAGUGAACUCUAUCCAGGUAAAGCUUUGGCCUUCCAAUGCAAAUGCAAAGGACCUUUGUUAUGAGCCCAGGUUGAUGAGAGACCAGUCCUGGUAAAAUCAGAGUCCUUUUAAAACUGCUUAGCCCGUUGUGACAUCAAUACUGAGAUCUGACUGUCUUGGCAUUUGCUUGUAUCAUUUGCUGGGCUGCACAGACAGGUUUAACCUCCAUUUCUCAUGUGGUUGAACCUAUGUGUUUUUUGGUAAAAUGGUGAUUGUAGAUAAACUUAGCCUCUCCCCCAUCCUCUCCUGACAAUUCCCUACCUUAUGCUGGACUUUUAAAGCCUAAAAGAAAAUCCCAAUUGACUAUAAAUGUCUAAUUCCAUUCUUUGUGAAAUGGUUGCUUCCGCUUGAUUCCCUAGUUGUGCUGUGUUAGUGUCUUGCACUGAAAUUCAACAUUCCCUUCUCCCUUUUCCUUUUGUACCGUGUUGUGCUUGCUGUUUCUUGGACAUCCUUUAAGACUUUUUAGCAAAAAAAAAAAAAAAAAAAAAAAUAUUCAGUAAAGUGUUUUCUGUAAUCUUUUUUUAAAAUACGGGAACUAAUUAUUGUCCAUAACUUGUAGCAUUCUUCAUUAAAGUACUGCUUCUCUCAAACUUAAGUAGCAUUUUAAUUGCAGCACAGCAUGUAUGAAUAGGCAGAGGUAACAAAAUGUUGAACAGGCUUUUAUGAACCAUGUUGACUAUGUUAAGAAGUUGAGGUCAUCCAAAGGCCGUACUGAAUUUUAUAAUCUUUGCAAGCAGUGUACAAAAGUUGUGGAAGAUCCCUCUGAAUUUGUCCACUUCUUCAUAUACCAUAUUCUUGGAGACAAAAAAAUUAUCCCUUGAAAGGCAAGGUGUAAAACACUGAAAUUUUAAAAUGUAUCCUGUAGCUGUAAGUUGGAAA